UUAGUUUUCGUGAAAAAAUAAGCUGGUUAUCAUAUAUAACAAUUAACACUAAAAAGGGUAUUGUGAGAAGCAUUAUAUAUAUAUAGUAGCAGUAGUACUAUAACCAUGGAAAUUAAGGUUGAAUCGCGGCCAAAUUCAAGAAACGACGUCGUUGACAGUGAAGAAGAACAAAAGCUCCCACUCUUGAAAAACGACGCCGUUGCACCCACAAAAACUCUAGUCCAGAAAGCCAUUAGCCAAACGUUUGAAAGCACAGCCCACUUAGCCAAACUUCUACCGACCGGGACGGUUCUGGCGUUCCAGCUCUUGGCCCCUAUUUUCACAAACCAAGGGCAGUGCGACCCGGUCAGCCGGUCAAUGACGGUGGGCCUCGUAGCCCUAUGUGGAGCGUCGUCGUUUUUGCUCUGCUUCACAGAUAGUUUCAAGGACAAGAAUGGUGAUCUCUGUUACGGCUUCGCCACGUGGCGAGGGUUGUGGAUCAUUGAUGGAUCAAACACCACAACACUUCCGCCCGCGGAGGCUUUGAAAUAUCGUCUUCGUUUUAUCGAUUUCAUGCAUGGUUUCAUGUCGUUGCUUGUGUUUGUGGCCGUUGCGCUGUUUGAUCAGAAUGUGGUUAGUUGCUUUUAUCCGAAGCCAUCGGAUCAGACCCAGGAGGUUCUGACUGCGUUGCCCGUUGCGAUUGGUGUGUUUUGCAGUAUGUUGUUUGUUGUUUUUCCCACCAAGCGUCACGGCAUCGGCUUCCCCCUUUCUGUCAGUUGAUUAUUGUUAUAGUUUACUUGUUUAAUUGUAUAUGUGUUCUGUAACUGUACUUUUUUUUUUUUUGGUACCGAUUUGGUGGAUAUUGUCAACUUGUAUUUAUUUUAUCCAAAUCAUGAUUAAUUUUAAUUACAAAAA